AUAAUGUGUUUCCACCAAAAAGGAAAUCUCAAAAUAAACAAAUUUAGAAUUUUUAGUAAUAGUUGAUCAAUUAACUUUUCUUCAAUUAUCUCAAAUUUAGUAUUUUGUACUCCACCGGCAAGUGAUAUUGGAUUUGCUAUCAGUUCACCAGUGAGAUGUGUACAUAAAAAAAAGUAGACAAAACAAGGCACAUAACCUAACAUUGCAGCCAGGAAAUUGUAACAGUUGUAACAUGAGACAUUGCUGUGGCGUGUGUCUAAUACAGUCUUGUUUAAUCUGCGUAUACAAGUUUAUGUACUCGUUUUUCUAAAACUCCCGGCAUCUUUUAAUUAAAUAAACAAAUUAUUAUUUAUUUGCCUUUCGUCCAAAAAUAUACAAAGAAAGAUGGAUUAUAUCUUUUGACCUUUUUUAAAGUUAGCCUAUAUUUUAUACUUAGAAAAUUAAUCCUGAUUUAAUUGUCAGCUGCUAACAGUGCAAACCAAGGGAAAUAUGAAGCCCCAAGGCAAGGAUGAACUUCUUGAACUUUCAUCUGAAGAAUCACAAUCUGAAGAUGAUGAAGAUGGAUGGAUGUUAACUGAGGAAGUAGAGAAAAACUUCUAUGAUACUUUGUCAAAGAUCAAAAAUAGAGAUCCAAAGAUUUAUGAAAAAGAUGUAGAGUUCUUUAAAGAUAUACAAAAACCUGAAUAUGUAAAAAAGAAUUCAAAGACGAAGCCAUUGACACUACAAGACUAUGAGCGAAAAAUGAUUAUUGAGAAAGGAGCUGAAUGGAGUGAAGAAGAUUCUGAAACAGAUGAUAAAAACAUAGAUCAUCUAGAGCCCACAUAUGUUCAGGAACAAGAAGAUUUGAAGAAAAGUUUUAAAGCAGUCAUAAAUUCAAGCUCUGAAGAUGAUGAAGAAAGUGAUUGGGCUGGUUUCUUAAAAAAAAGAGAGAAGGCUGCUGCAGAAAAGGCAACAGAGGAGGAAGAUUUCAAAGAAUGGCUGAAGGAACAAGAGAGCAGACCAGAGACUGAGAUAGAAACUGAACCACUCCAAGACUACUGGUCAAACCCAGAGCUGAAUAAGGAUGACCAGUUUUUAAGAGAUUACAUUCUCAACAAGAAAUUCCUGGAUAAAGAUGAAGAAGAUAACAUACUAGCGAAAGAUGCGGUGGAUUUUGAGGCUGAAGACAAUUACAAUCAUCGUUUUGAAGAACCUGAUCAAGAGUUUAUUAAAAGAUACCCUCGGACAAUGGAAAACUCAUUGAGGAGAAAAAAUGACAGUCGUAAGAAAAAAAGGGAAGAGGUGAAGGAAAGGAAAUUGAAGGAUAAACAGAAGAAAAGGGCAGAGAUUAACAGGAAAAAAAAUAUGAUGAGAAAAGAAAUCGAGGAUAAGAUAGAAGAGCUGAAGAAGCUUACAGGAAAUGAUCAAGUUGAGAACAUAAUGAAUGAUGAAGAUUUUGACAUUGAUGACUAUGACAAGGCGAUGCAGAAGUUGUUCAACGACGAGUUUUACUGCCAGGAUGACCCAGACUUCAAACCCAGUGGUGCAUCAGAUUUUCAAGAUAAUUGGGGUGAUGAAGGGGGAAACGAAGAUGCUGGUGAAACAGAAGAGUAUAAUAACACAGAUCAUCAUGAAGAGUAUCAAUACGAUGGAAGCUUGGAAGGAUAUGGUGAAACUGCUGAUGACAAUGAAUCUCUUAACUGUGAAGAUCCUAAUUUCAACAUGGACUGUGACUAUGAUCCGACAUUGAAUAAACCGAAGAAGGACUCGAGAAGUAGAAGAAGAAAGGACAAACAUCGCAGAACCUUUUUGAGUGAAGCUGUGAGCAAAGAGAAACCCAUAUUUAAUCCCACAACACACAAAUCAUUCCAGGAGUACGUAGACCAGUACUACGCCAUAGACUGUGAGGAUUUCAUUGGUGACUUGCCUUGUCGGUUCAAAUACAGGCGAACUGUUCCCAACUCGUAUGGCCUCACCAUAGAAGAGAUUCUUACUGCGGAUGAGAAGGAGCUGGAGCGGUGGUGUUCUAUUAAACGUAUCGGUCUGAGAAGACCAGAGUUCAAGGAGAAAGGGGACUUAAAAGUCUUUCAAAAGAAAGCUGCUGAUGAAAGGUUGAAAAGAAAAAUACUCCCAAGCCUGUACAAAAAGCAAGAAGAAGAAGAAGAAGGAAAUGCAAUGCGUGAGGAAAAAAUUGAUAAUUGUAAAAAUAAUGAAUCAAAGACUUUACCCGAUGAAUGUGCAAUCAAGGGAAAUAGCAAAGAAUUAGAAAAUAUUAAUGAAAAUAAAACUAAUCUUACACUAGAAGCUACUAACAUAAUGAAAAAACCAACGAAAGGGAAGAAAAAGAAAAAGAAACAUAAAGCAAAGGAAUCUACUGAUACAACCAAAAAAGAAAAUUCAGAUGUUUCUAGUAAAAAAAGAAAAUUAGAAUCGUCAGAUAUAAAUCAGAAGAGAAAGAAAAUAAAAGUUAAGGAACAAAACAAUGGUUUUGCCAAAUCUACAUCUAAAUUUAGGAACAAUAAAGUACCACAUAAAAUUAAUCAAAACUACCAGAAAAAUGAAAAUGCAACUUUAACGGGCAUGUCUGAUGCUAGAUUGUUAGCAUAUGGAAUCAAACCUAAAAAAUUUAGGAACAAACUUAAAUACAGCAAAGAGUCAUAGAGUCUCUUUCUAAUGUAAAUAUCUGUACAUAUAAUAAAAUGUAUUUUUUA